AAACAAUCAUUUGUUUCCGUAUUUUUCAUACUUCCAUCGUAUUGAAUGUGAAUAUAAUGAUGAAUAAAACAAUGAGGAUUAUUUGUGGGUGGAAAUAAAUAAAAAUUGCAGGCAGUGGGUAAUUUAAAAGCAUAGGAGUGUGAGGCGCGUACAUGAGCAGCGCCUGCGCUCAUGACAGAAAUAGUCCAGAGCUCCUCCUCCUCCUCUUCACACACACGAAGACAAAGUUCACCCGCAACUGCCGUGACGGGGCUGUCAACGUCUUACUGAGCAACAAACUAGUGAUGUGGGCUGAAAAAGUUGGGAAACAGUUGGGCAAACCGACACGAUCACUGGCAGGAUGGCUGGUCAGUAAGUUCUUUACAGUGCACAACCAGGUCCUUGAGGAGAAUGCCGUGCAGCUUUGUGGGAUCCAACCUGGGGACACUGUGCUGGAACUGGGUCAUGGCCCAGGUCUGGGUCUGCAAUCAGCAGCCAACCUGCUCACAGAGCCCACAGGCCGCCUUAUAGGAGUGGAUUACUCAGAGUUUAUGCACCAGAUGGCUAGUGAGCGUAUAAAGGAACUUGUGGCCAGUGGUAAAGUGACCCUACACCACUGUGAUGUAGCAGCGAUGCCUCUGGAAGACAGCACUGUGGAUAAAGUCUUUCAUUGCAACUGCUACUACUUCUGGCCUGACCUCAGGAAGGGAGCCACAGAGAUACACCGGGUAAUGAAACCAGGGGGCCUGAUGGUGACCACGCUGAGGCUGUCCAAUGUGGCUACUAUGGCAGCAAAGCGAGUGAUGCCAGGGCAGAACUGGCGCCCAGAGGCCUACAUGGCAGCUCUGAGAGAAUCAGGCUUCACUGAUGUCAGAAUGGAGGACAAACAGCACAAACUCAUUACUUUUCAGGCUAUCUACGCCACUGCCUUAAAGUGAGAGUGUAAUCAAACUACAAGUGAAAGAUUGUGAGUUUUCCACCUCAUUUAUGUGAUUGUGAGGUUUUAUAUGAUGAUUUUCCUUUUGAAGAUGGAAAUGUUGUGUUUUAUAAUGAUGAUAACAUGAUCAGAAAUGUCUUUCUACUGGCUGUAGGUUGUUUCCUACGUUUGAUUCUCCUAUCUUGAGCAUCAGAAAUACAUUGUAUUGUAUUCUGAGUGCUAUUUGCCAUGGUUGAAAUAUCACCAUAUUAACAAGGAUAUUUCCUGAUAUCAGUAUAUAUCACAAUGUAAGAAAUUGUAUGCAAAGUCAGUAAUCAAACUAUUUUUCAGAACAAUAAACAAUCUUCCACUUUUA